AUGUCAACUAGUAAAAUUAGACAUAGAAUUAUUUUUGCUGAUAGAGAUAGUAUUACACCAAAAGAAAAUGAUUUACAUAUAAAACAAUUAUGGAUUGAUAUAUACAAUGAGAAUAUAAACGAAGGUGCCGUUAAAUCUAAUGGAAUGAUUUCAUGGGAUUGCGCAUGUUUGGGUACACAAGCGAUUGGACCUUGCUCGAGUCAAUUUCGUGCUGCAUUUUCUUGUCAUCAAACUAGUAACAAAGAGCCCAAAGGUUCUGAAUGUAUGAUAGAAUUUAUGAAAAUGCAAAACUGUUUUCAACGAUAUCCCAAAUUAUACAACAAUAGUAAUCAUUCAAAUAAAAUUCCCUGA